AUCGGGUUUCUUCGAUACCCAGGAAAGUCAUAUCCUCUUAUUUAUUCUCACACAUGUACUUCGUAUUAGUUUAGAAUCCAGUAAAUUUUGUAGUACAAGUAAGUUAUUUUCAUCAAAUCUAUUUCUCGGUCUUGAGCUGCAGAUCGGAGAAGAUGGAUGCAUCCAGGUGUCAAACUUCUGUGUUGGAAUUGUGUGAUGUGUUGACGCCCUUGAAACCCAAAUCAGUCGAAUGUAGUACUAGUGACAAAGGUAUUAAGGUUGUAAAAGAUAGGAUCAGCAGUUUACCGGAUUAUUUAUUGGCCGACAUUCUUUCAUUUCUUCCUUCUAAGGAUGCCGUUGUUACUAGUGUAUUGUCAAAGCGUUGGAAGGGUGUUUUCACUUUGGUAACAUGCCUUCACUUUGACGACUCGCCUAUUUCUCAUUGUUUGCACCGUCCACAUCGUAUUCAUUCGUUCCCUAUUUUCAAGAUAUUUGUGGAUAACUUAUUGAAACAAUGUUGCUCCACCUAUUUAACCACUUAUAGACUUCAUUUUGGCAAGGGAAAAUUCAACCGUUUCGAAUGUGGCGAAAGUUGUUUUCCCAAUAUGAGUCGUUCUCAUCUUAAAUCCUGGAUAUCUUUUCCUAUAUGCCAUGGAGUCAGGGAACUUGAAAUUUUUGCUCGCGUGAGGAGUCCCACUGUCCUGCCCUCCGCCCUUUACCGUUGUAAAACAUUGGAGGUUGUUGAUUUGGAACGCAUACACAUAUUUAAAUAAGGCACUUAUGUAUGCUUAAAGUAAAUGUGUCACACUUAUAUUUUGUGCUGUAAAAGGAAAACGCAUUAUAGCUUAUUUUUCCAAAGAAUUAUUCUUCAUGCAUCAUGAAUUUUCUUUAAAAAAAAAAAAAAAAAAAAAAAAAAAAAAAAAAAAAAAAAAAAAAAAAAAAAAAAAAAAAAAAAAAAAAAUCCUUCAUAUGAAUGCAUGUUAUAAUUUGGUUGUUGUACGUAUUUAUCACUGAUUAUAUAUUCUUUGGUACAACUAACAAAUCUCUGUGUAAGUACUUUACUAAACUCAUAAAGUAAUAUGAGCGUAAGAAUGCAGAGACGCAUCACACUCCCACAGGAACACGAGCAAGACUAGAUGAAGGUUCCUAAGGGAUGAUUGUGAGCCAUACACAAAGCUUCAGAGGUAUGAUUGUUAAAUUGUCCAAUAUUUAACCGCUAAUAGACCAAAUAUUGCCAUAUCCAUAGGUCUAAGCGAGAGGUUCCAAUCAAAUCUCCGAAAGUCGCAUUUUACCAUCCUAUAACUCUUGAUCAGAAGCACGAGAAAAUGUGACUGGAACUCAGUAUAUUCAAGCUGGAUAUAUUUUCCUUGAAGUUCCCCAAAUAUGGCAAAACUGUAAGUAUUUAGCUUUUGGUAAAAUUAAUCCCACGCAAUUCUUGUGUGUGAACAUAGAUCAGAAUUGUACAUUGUGAAGGACUCUCCUAAUUUCUCGUAUUUUGGUUCAUAAUUACUUGUGCUAACUGAUGAAAAGGUAAAAAGAAGAGUCAUAAGCCAUGUUGUUUUGUGUGUUCCUAUUACUAGUACGACAAGCAAUUUUUUAUAUUUUUUCUUUUGAUUCAAUCUUCGUUUAUUCUUUUUCCUUUACAAUUUUUCGUAUUUGCUUAAGAAAGGACUCCUUGCCGAUCUCAAUUUUCCUCAAGGAUGUUCCAUCUUUUGUUAAGUUACACCCAAUAAAAUAAAAUUUUAUCUUUUAAAUGUUUCAAUCUAUCAUAAACACCUAAAACACUUAAAAUCUCUUUCACCUAUAUCCUAAAAGACUUAUGCACCAAUUAAGUUUUGUUCCUCACAAAAAUGUUUCCCAAUAUUCUCUUACCAUAUCAACCUAUUAGAAACCACAAAAGCCAAAUCAAUACCACACGUUGAUUUAUUUUUUCUCUUCAAAAACAUUCUCAAAAAUUCAUCACUAUACAAAAACCCUCUACAAAAUAUUCCUCCUUUGUCACUAAAUCGAUGCAGCAACAACUGAGGGGGAACUAAUGAGGAAGGUGAUUAAUAGAGCGUUAAUGUACAUUUUGAAAAAACAAAAGGGAGAUGAAAAAAAAAAAAAAAAAAAAAAAAAAAAAAAAAAAAAAGGAGACAAAAGAAA